AUGUACAUCCCGACUCUGGCUCCCUCGACCGCCGCCCAGGCGAACUGCAGACUGUACGCCAACGGCAACUUCUCCAACUCCAAGGCAGAGGGGGCUCACUUCGCCUUCGUCACCGAUCCUCCCACUAAGGAGCCCAUCAUCUCGGACGCCAAGCUGUGCUCGACAGAGUGCCCCGAGGCCGAUGGCCAACUCUUUGUGACGCCCACAGGCCAGAACUACCAGAUCUCGUGCAAGAAGCGCCACGGCACCUCGUACCUCAAGAUCGACCGCCGCGGCUCCUUCGAGGCCUGUAUGACGGCCUGCGCCGCCAUGCCCGCCUGCCACAGCGCCGAGUUCGAGCCGCGCACCAAGAAGUGCUUCUACAGCAACAACCACAACGCGCCCGCCAUCGACGCCGAGGCCUUCGUCAGCGCCCACUCGCUCGGCUGCUCCGGCGCCUGCUCCGGCUGCAAGAAGGGCUGCGACCGCCUCGGCGCCGACCCGAUGCCGGCCGACGCCGCCGCCUGCGACGCCGACCACGGCAAGGUCCUCGCGGCCGCCGGCGAGGACUUCCGGCUGCAGUGCGCCCACUGCUUCUACAGCAACGGCGUCUGGACCGCCGCGGGCGCCAAGAACCUCGCCGAGUGCGCCACGGCGUGCGCCGGCGACGAGCAGUGCCACGCCGCGAACUGGCUCGUUGCCGCCGGCAAGUGUACGCACCAUGGCCCCGCGCGAAACGGCGGGCAGAAGCCCUCCUUCGGCCAGUCCGAGGAAUGCCACGCCAUCGUGCCCCUCGAUCGCAGCUGCGCCGACACCAGCACGCUCCAGCAGCAGUAG